AUGGGAUAUUAUUUGGCGGAUGGGAUAUACCCAAGCUGGCCCGUCUUUGUGAAGUCGAUCAAGCAUCCGGUCGGGCCAAAGAAGAGCUACUUUGCGACCCGGCAAGAGGCAGCGCGCAAGGAUGUUGAGCGCGCAUUUGGUGCGCUCCAGAAUCGAUGGGCGAUGGUGAGGGGUCCGACACGGCAGUGGUAUAUCCCCAACAUCGGCGACAUCAUGUACGCGUGUAUCAUUCUGCACAACAUGAUUGUCGAAAGUGAAGGGGACGAAUUGACUCAGUGGAACAGCGAAGAUGACACGGGUGCCGGACCCAGCCACGGCGUGGCCACCGCGAAUGUGAACAUGGGUGUACCUCAUGGAGAGGUUGAGCGGUUGUGCGCAUUUACCGACAUGCGGCAAAGAAAUGCCCAUAUUCGACUUCAGGAGGAUAUCAUCGAAGAGGUUUGGACGCGGAGGGGUGGACACUGA